ACCGAUUGAUUAAGAAUGAAGAGUCCAACAGGAAAGUGGGGACCUGUGCUGAUGAUCUUCGCGUUGAUACUGCUCUGUUCGGCAUCUGCUGAGGAAGAGGAUUAUGACGACUCACUUGACAUUGUAUUUGGUGCAAAGGACUCAACCCCUUCAACCACACCAGCUCCAGAAACAACAACAACCACGACAAAGCAGCCGGUGACUCAAGUGAAGCGGUGUGGCAUGUUCAAGGAAAAUAUCUGCGUUAAGCGCACUGAGUGCGCGGAAACGGCCAGCAACGUUCGAAAGAUAAUCAUCAAUUUGCGAGAGUCUGCUAGUACGUGCCACUAUCUGGAGGCCUGCUGUCGUCCCGAGGAUAGGCAGAAAGAUAUCAUCAAUCGCGAGCCUACGGCUGACAACAGUCAGUGUGGUGUGAGCAAUGUGGAUGGCAUCUACAUGACCGUAAGGGGAGGAAGCCUGCAGACCAGCUUCGGGGAAUACCCCUGGGUGGUGGCCUUGUUUAAUGACAAGCACAAUUUUGUCUGCACUGGUACUUUGAUCGCCUAUGAUGUGGUCUUGACAACGGGAACCUGCGUGGAUGGCGAAGGGCAGCUGACGGUGAAAGCCGGUGACUGGGAUCUGAUGACAGAGAAAGAGUUUGUUAGCCAUGUCAGCGUCAGAGUGAAAACUCCAAUACUGCACGAGAAAUUCAAUUGGGACUCAGCGCAAAACAACAUUGCCCUGCUGAUGCUGGAGAGUUCGUUUCCCACUCUGCGGCACAUUACGCCCGUUUGUCUGCACGACGAGGACACCGAAAUCUUCUUUGAGAAGUGCUUCAUCACGGGCUGGAAAUCGAGGUCCAUUGGCCAAUGGAGGGACAUAGUCGUCAAGGUGGACAUGGCCAUAGACAGUGGCUCAUGCUCAGUCAAUUCCAUCUCGACGGAAAUAUGCGCCAUUGAAAACAGCACCGAGCCCAUCUAUGCCCGCGGAGCACCACUGGUCUGUCCAACAGACACCAGUAUUCAUCAUCUUAUUGGCGCCUGGAGUACCAGAACAAAUGGCCAGACUCAUUUCACUGAUGUCAGGCAAUAUGGUCGGUGGAUUCGCAAUAAAGUAAAACCUUUUGGCAUUUUCAUUUAG